CAAACAGAUCUGAGAUUCUCUCCCCGUCUGAGUGAAAAGAAACCGGCUCUGGGAGAAGUGAGGCGAGCUCUUGCCUCAUUGCGACAAUUGACAAGUGGGCUGGUCAUUCUCUACGUGAUAAUAUUCCUUGGACUAUGGCAUAUUCUCGGCUUCUUCCUUUACAGUCUGGAUUUUGUUCGGUUCUACUUCUUUGUAGGUUCAAUCGAACUAUGGACCUACCUUUCGUCCCUCUUCUGUCUAAUUUUCCCACUACUUCUUCAAAUCUCUACGGAAAGGAGUUACUUGAUGGCUCAUUGUCAUCAACUUCGUUUGAAAUUGAGACAAUUUAUGGCCCGUUUACGCAGAGGCCGACCUCACGCUCAGUGA